AUGGGAGAAAUUGUUGAUUAUGAUAAGAUUGAAUCACCUAACGUAGAUGGAAAUGGUAGAGACUUUGAUGCUGUUGAAUUGGUACCAUUUACAAAAUGUGAUUACAAAAUGUUUGAAAUGCGCAAAAAAUUUGAUUUAAAUACAAGAAGAAUAAAUUCGCUAGAUAUUUCAACCUGUGGAAAUUACAUGGUUACUUCUGAUGAUGACGAUAAAUUGACAGUAUUUGAUAUUUUACAAGGAUGUGAAAUUAAAGUUGUAUUAAGUAAAAAAUACGGUUGUGAUCAUGUAAUGUUUACGAAAGGAGAUUUUAAUGCCUUACAUACAUCAACAAAAAUAAAUAAUGUUAUUAGAUAUUUAUCUUUAGAAAAUAAAGCAUAUAUAAGAUAUUUUGAUGAUCAUAAAGAUACUGUUUUAUCAUUAACAAUAUCUCCAAAUGGUAAACAAUUUUUAUCAAGUAGUAAAGAUGGUACAAUAAAGUUAUGGGAUAUCAGAAGUCAUAAUUGUUGUGGAACUAAUUAUAAUCAUUUAAAUCCUAAAGUUACUUAUGAUCCUUAUGGAAAAAUAUUUGCUGUAGCUGAUGAUACAAAUAUUGUAAAACUUUAUGAUUCAAGAGGUCUUGAUUGUCAACCAUUUAAAACAUUUGAAAUUAAAUCAUCUAAACAUAAAAUUAAUAACAUAAAAUUUUCUCCUAAUGGUAGGACAAUUCUUAUAACUACUAAUGGUAAUUAUUUUUAUACAUACAAUGCAUUUACCGGAGAAAAAAAACGUCUUUUUGAAGGCAUUAGUAACCCUGAUAAAAAAAGUUUUGGAGUUGAUUUUUCACCCUGUAAUACACAUAUUAUAGCCGGUAGCAAUUUUGGCGAACUUCAUUGUUAUAAUGCUGAUAAUGGUCAUCUUCUUAAAACAUUCAAAUCAUCUCACAGUGGUCUUAUAGAAAAAGUUGUUUUUCAUGAAAGUUAUUUUAUGCUAAUAACAGCAGAAACAGAUCUUAUUUGGUGGACACCUGAUUAUGAUGAAGAAAUGCCUUCUGGUUACACGAGUCCAAUAACUAAUCGGUGA